GUGUCGGAAGAGUGACCCUUGGGAAAAGCUGAUCCCCCCAACUAAUCAGCUGACAGGCAGACUCUCCCAGGGGAAUGAUUUCCCGCCUGAGGGCGUCAGAGGUUCGUUUUUUUGCGGUGAAGUAAGGUGAUAUGCGUUCCAAAGCUUCUCGUCAAGUAUCUAAAAUGGUCGGGUAGGGUUCUGAGUUCCCCAACGUCUUGCCCGGCCUUGGGUAUGGUGCUGAUUCAAGCAGUCAGGGCAGGGUUCAGUAUACCUGACCCUAUCUUACUUUUGAUCAGGAAACCAAGUCCAGCAUUUGCAAGAGUUAGCACAGUCGAGUGAGCUUUCUAGCCCGCUUUGCUGCCCUGCUCCGGCUGUCUUCUCGGUUCGAUCGCGCGGAUCAGCCUUCCGGUUAGCUUCUGUGCGCGGAUCGAUCAGAUAUGGCGGAGCAGAAUAAGGGGUCGGUGUGGGGGUCGAUCAAGCCGUUCGUCAAUGGCGGAACGGCUGGGAUGAUGGCCACGUGUGUGAUCCAACCCAUCGACAUGGUUAAGGUCCGGAUCCAGCUGGGCCAGGGGUCGGCGUUCGACGUCACGAAGAACAUCAUCAAGAACGAAGGCGUCGGGUCCUUCUACAAGGGUUUGUCUGCGGGUCUCCUCCGACAAGCCACAUACACCACCGCUCGCCUCGGCUCCUUCAGGUAUCUCACCACGGAGGCCACCAAGGCGAACGACGGCAAGCCCCUGCCGCUCUACCAGAAGGCGGCGUGCGGGCUGACGGCGGGCGCCAUCGGCGCAUGCUUCGGCAGCCCCGCGGAUCUCGCGCUCAUCCGCAUGCAGGCGGACUCCGUGCUCCCCGCCGCGGAGCGCCGCGGCUACAAGAACGCGAUUCACGCUCUAACGCGUAUAGCCGCGGACGAGGGCGUGACGUCGCUGUGGAAGGGCGCGGGGCCCACGGUGGUGCGAGCCAUGGCGCUGAACAUGGGCAUGCUGGCGUCGUACGACCAGAGCAUGGAGUAUUUCAAGGAUACGCUGCAGCUGAAGGAGAUCCCCGCUGUUAUUGGCGCCAGCGCGGUCUCUGGGUUCUUCGCAUCCGCCUGCAGCCUCCCCUUUGACUACGUGAAGACGCAGAUCCAGAAGCAGAAGCCCGGGCCGGACGGCAAGCUGCCGUACAGCUCGUCCAUGGACUGCGUCAUGCAGACGCUCAAGCAGGGCGGCCCGCUCAAGUUCUACACUGGCUUCGCCACCUACUGCAUACGAAUCGCGCCCCACGUCAUGCUGACCUGGAUCUUCCUCAACCAAAUCCAAAAGCUCCAGAAGGCCAAUGGCUUGUAGCAAGGCGCAGCCAUUGGGUUGGCCCCUCUCUUACUCUGAUGCGGUGUCAUAGCAAGAGUGCUCUACUAUACACUUAGUUGCCUAUUCAGCGACCUAUAUAACAUGCCUUGUCCCAAUUCCUCAUGUCUCACCGCGUUGCACAACACUACACCUGGAAAGCAAACGUCUCCACAAUGCUGUACACUGCUAAAAGGGUACUCAUGCCUAAUCAGGCGCUCUCGUUGCUUCAUGGGCUC